GAGUAUUUAUGAUCCUAGAUUAUACAUUCAAGGCGGACCGCGAGAAACCGAUUUGUUGGAUGAGCAACCUUACCAUCGGUCUGAAAGUUUUUGGGCGGCAGAUCCGGAACAACUUGACGUAAUCACCCAUCGGUCGCUAUCUCGCUUGCCUAAAUGGGAUGAUCGUAUCGAGCCCUUCAUUGAAAGAGCGUGAUUGCUGAGGGUGCGAAAGUUUGUGGGGAUG